GAUAAACCCACCAUGCACACACCUGAAGCCUUGGUGAGAAGUCAUGUUGUGUAUAAUGCAAAGUUCUUGGGAAUCACAGAGGUGGAGCAGCCCAAAGGGACAGACAUGGUCCGUGUGGCCGUCAGGAAGCUGAAGCAGGUGGCGCUUUGGGAAUGGCAGUACACAAAGCCCAACAGACAGACUCCACAAAGCAGCGAAGCAGAUGACUUUGAAACGUGCAGCGCUCAUAUUUAUUCAAAGAAUAGCGCAAUUCUUGUCUUUCAGUCCCCACAUUUAACACCUCCUGAAAUCAUAAUUAAGACUUUCUUGUAACAUUUAAGAUUUUUAAGGACCCGUCAACUUUCCUAAUUUCUCUCAUCACUGCUCGCACGACUGCACCCAAACGGCUCUAGAGCUAACCUUGAUCUGCUAGAUAUAAAUUUGAUGUACUAGAAAUUAGCGUUUGGUAUUUAUUUCAUUAUGUCAAAAGCCUUCACGGAUUCGGACCGGAGUCCGCUACCGUAAAGACUACAAAAGCUGCGCCAGUUGAAAUAGAAGCUAGAUAUGUAGGUCCGGGUCCAGAUGGGACGGCUGGGUCCGGACCCGGGCCGCGGUCCGCCUGUUAGUGACCUAUGAUUUAUACUGUCGCUGAUAUUAAUAUUCUAAAUACUACUCUUAACCUGUUUAGAGUUGGUGUACUAUUAUUUUUCUAAGUGAUUUGCUUAUGAUUUUCACCUAGUGAACAAAUUGAAUCAGGGACCUAAGCCAUAUUCAGGAACAAUAAUAUCAUAAGUUGCGUCCCAAAUUAUGCACUAUGCACUCUUCCAUUUAGUGUAUUAAUUAUGUAGAAUUUUCAGUGGGAAUACUCUAAUCGCAUUAUUUAGACUACAAAAUGGCAUAGAAUAGUGCAUAAGUACAUGAUUUGGGAUGCACCUUUAGAGAUUUUUAGGUGGCUCUUUUUGGGCUGAUGAACAACUUUGCAGUGCAACCCUAUCAUUGGCAAACUCACAUUUCCUUUAGAAAACAAAUAUCAUUUUGAAACAUCUGUGUUGUUAUUUAAUAACUGAACCCAACAGUCAAUACACAGGACUCUGCUUAUAACUAAAACUGUUUAUGAGACUGAAAUAAAGCUGUGACUCCUUCAUGGUGGGAUUUUUAGGGGACAGAUUAAGGGCACAAUAAAAAUGUCCUUUUCCUGGGCGAUAUUUCUUUCGCCCAAUUUAUGUCCAGCUUGGACUUCUGCAGGUCAGUGCAUUGCUCUAGAGACGUGUUUGAGCACCUCAUUUCACCUGAUGCUCUACUGCUCUCCAGCAGCCUUUAAAAAAUGUUUCAAAGGCACAUCAAGAAGUCAGAGGGGCAGAAAACUCCUAAAGUGGAGCUUCAGAUCUCUAUAUAUGGUGUGAAGAUAUUGGACCCUAAAACCAAGGAGAUGCAGCAUAACUGCCAACUUCACAGAAUGUCCUUCUGUGCAGACGACAAAACAGAUAAAAGAAUCUUCACCUUCAUCUGCACAGAACCCGAGACGAAGAAACACCUGUGUUACGUGUUUGACAGUGAAAAAUGUGCGGAGGAGAUCACUCUUGCUAUUGGACAAGCCUUUGAUCUCGCCUACAAAAAGUUCCUAGAGUCUGGUGGAAAAGAUGUAGAGACAAGAAAACAGAUUGGAAACCUUCAGAAACGAAUUCAGGAUUUGGAGAUGGAGAACUCCAAACUGAAGAAGAAGCUUAAGGAGCUGGAGGAUCAGCUGAUGGAUUCUCGCUGCUCGCCAAAGCCGUCUGCCUUGUCCUGGUGUGGUGAUGAUGUCACAUCACUGUCCAGCCUAGAGAUCUCCUCUGUCACUCUAACGCCUGUCAGCUCACCCGAUUCCAGCCAAUCAGCAAGCUUGCUCACCCCGCCUCCUGCUAAGCCCACCCACUCACAGCCCACAAGUGGUUACAUCGUGCCACGACCUCGUGCUGGAAGCAUACAAGCUAGAGCGCCCUCUACUGACAUAUUUGAUAUGGUUCCAUUUACCCCCGAAUCUCCAAUAACAAGACGACUGAACUGUAACGGCAUCUCAUCUCCGUACCUGCCGCCAAAAAAAGACAGAGAUAUAGACCUGUUUGGAGCAGAACCAUUUGAUCCAUUCAUUUGUGGACCUGCUGUCUUCACCCCAGACAUCCAGUCCAAACUGGAUGAGAUGCAGGAGGGGUUCCAAAUGGGACUGACUCUAGAGGGGACGGUGUUUACCCUGGAUCAGGUGGACAGCCGAUGCUGAUUUUGGAAAGACGUUUUUGUAUAUGCUGUGAUUCUUGACCAUAAAACCCUCAAAAAAUUCACAUUAAAUAUUUUAUUUUGAAUUGAGUUUGAAAGAAAUUUAGCAGGAGCCUUAAGGUCUGUAGAGGUCAUUUCUAUUUUUAUAUGAUAAAAUCAGCAGAUUGUACAUACAUUUUAUGAUUUGUGUAUUUUAACUUCUUGAUCUUAUAACAGAAAUUGUUGAAGAAGUGAAAGAAACGCAAAAUGUGCGCACGCCCUUUCUAGAAUUUUCUAGAGUUUUGACCGAAUUUAGACUGCAUUCAUUCAUGGCCAAAAGUUGUGUUUAGAAUCUUUUAUACCAAAUUAUGAAAAAGGUAAGGUGGUUACAGAGACAGUUGCUCAUGUUGUAAUGGUGCAAUCAUAAACUUUAAUGUUGUAUCUAAACUAUUUUUUUUCAGGGUUAUAGAUUUAUUAGCCUUGAAAUAAAAUCAAAAACUGGUGGGUCUUUCAUAUGUUCAGCAAGAUCAUUGCUGAGGUUUAUAUUUCCAGAUGUGCAGAUCCUUUUUACUUUCAUUGAUGGCUGUUUUAAUAUUUGUUAAAUGCGUAUCACUUGCUCUUUGAUGGUGAAUAAAUGAAAACUGAUAGCACACUAUAUUAGCUUUGUGCUUU